AUGGCGACUUCUCCAGUUCCAGAUACUGAUCCCGAGCAGGAAUGCCUCUCGACGAACGCAGUAGAGGAAGAAAAAUGGAAUCACCCACGGUCCAACGUAUUCAAAGUCCUGGCAACGUUUCUGAGUUUCCUAGUAAUGGGGGCAAAUGAUGCUGCUUACGGACCCCUGAUCCCAUAUCUCGAAUCCUACUACAAUCUCUCCUACACCAUCGUGUCACUUGUCUUCCUCUCUCCACUUGUCGGAUACACGCUGGCCGCUGUUCUGAGCCACAAAAUCCACAUCACACUCGGUCGUCGUGGCGUGGCCUGGAUCUCCCCCGGCUGUCAUAUCCUAGCAUACAUCGUCAACUGUAUCCAUCCACCGUACCCAGUGCUCGUGAUAUCGUUCAUCUUCGCCGGGUUCGGAAACGGACUGGCUGAUUCAGCAUGGAACGCCUGGAUAGGAAACAUGGCCAACGCCAACCAACUCUUAGGUCUUCUGCAUGGUUUAUACGGCGCAGGGGCGGUUCUCAGCCCCCUCAUCGCGACAUCACUAAUCACCAGAGCCCACGUAGAAUGGUACUAUUUCUACUAUAUCAUGACCGCCUGCGCAACCAUCGAGCUAAUCUUCUGCGUAUUAUCAUUCUGGGACUCCACCGCGACCAGCUUCCUCGCAACCCAUGUCCAAGACGAGCAGGGUGGACUGCAUCAAGCGCUAUGGCAAAAACGUCACGCCAGAGUCACUUGGAUCUGCGCGUUCUUUCUCCUCGGCUACGUGGGGAUCGAAGUCGCGCUGGGCGGAUGGAUCGUCACGUUCAUGAUGCGUGUUCGUCAGGGUGAGCCCUUCGCGAGCGGAAUGGCUGCUACGGGGUUCUGGCUUGGGAUUACGUUUGGUCGUGUGGUGUUGGGGUUUGUUACCCCGAAGAUUGGGGAGAAGGUUUCUAUUGUUAUAUAUUCUCUAUGCCAAAUGGUAUGCGGUCUGAUCCUCUGGCUCGUCCCGAACUUUUAUGUCUCCAUCGUGGCCGUCUCCCUACAGGGAUUCUUCCUUGGACCGUUCUUCCCCGGCGUGGUCAUCGUUGCUAUGAAGCUGUUGCCGCGCUCAGUGCACGUCAGUGCGAUUGGCUUUGCAGCAGCGUUUGGAGGCGGCGGGGCUGCGGUUCUUCCAUUUGCCGUGGGUGCAAUUGCCCAGGCGAAGGGGGUGCAGGUCUUGCUGCCGUUUGUUAUCGCUUUGUGA